AGAUGUUGAAAUGUUUUGGCUUUAAAGAAUAUGUCUUAACAUCCUCCCACAAAAGCAAAAGAUAUUAAAGGGUUUAGUGACUAAUGUCAGCCCAUGUGUAGUUCUAUGUUUAUUGAAUACUGGAGGAAGAAAAAAGAUUUUAAGGUGUCUCCUUUCACAGCUGGACAGUAGAUAUGAUCUCGUCUCCAUUGGUGGAAUUCAGGCGUCAAAGUGCCGUGGUGAUUUCAACAACUGUUGUGGCUAAUAUCAUGUGGUGGAUGGUUAUGAUUGCAGCCAUUGGACUGGGGGCCAUACAUCUGAACCAUUGUCCACUACAGCCCAGCAUCCCCGUCUACCUGAUUGUGAUGGGAGCGGCCAGCCUCCUCUGUCUUUCUCUGACCUACAUCAGGAGCGGCUGGGAUGAUGGCGCUGCCUGCAUCCUCAGCUCGUGCUGCAUGAUUAUCCUGUACAUCUUCACUUUCGUCUGGUUGGUUUCAGGCACUACCUGGGUUUAUUCUGUAUAUCCUCCCAGUUACACACCCGGAGAAAGUCGGUACUGCCACAGGACAACCUUCCAGUUUGCCUUUGGUGUCACCACCCUGGUCUGGGUCAUUUUUGCUCUCAUGUUCAUCUGUGGCGGUUGCUUCACUUUACUGACCUGCUGUAAUACUUUGAUGGCAAGACGCCGCUUGAUACCCAACCGCAAUACUUUCUAUGGUGGGACAAGUGCUUUUCAAGAACCGAUUGUUAGUGAUGUGUGAUUUACAACCUGGUUCAUGUCUUGACAUUAGAUUUUACAGAAGUGAAACUUUUCCCAUAUUUUGACAGUAAUGCUCCUGGUUCUGCUCCUGCAGUUGAGGGUUUUUUUUUAAUUAUUUGUGGAAGUUGUUAUAGUAAUGAGCUAGAUAUAAAAGUUGUACACAGCAGCUCUCAAAGUAUUUAAACAGCAGCUCUCAAAACUGUUACAAGAUUAUUUUCUACAAUAUUCCUGUAAAGCUUAAAGAAAGAUGCCUUACUUCACUUGAGGCUUUAAUCAUAUUCUUUCUGUUACGGCACACAAGUGGCUGUGCUGAGGCAGCUUUGUCCAGCUUCACUGAACAUUAGGUCCAGUGCAGUCAAAUCUACGACCUGCUGAAACAUCACAUCCCUUUCACACACACACACACACCAAUAGUGUUACGUCACGUGCUUCCUGUUCACACCAACAUCAAACUGUAAACAUUUUAGCCCAGUAGAGGAUAAGAUGUUAGGAAGUCUAGGGGCAGUAAUAUUGAUUCAGUAUUGACAUGAAACAUAAAUAGAUAUUAGUAUUAUGUGUUUUUAUAUUGUGUGUGUGUGUGUGUGUGUGUGUGUGUGUGUG